AUGCACAACGCAGUCAGCCAUAGUACAACGCAGUCGGCCAUAGCCAUCAUUGCCUCGAGGAGGCAGAAGAUCCUUGCCUCGAGGAGACGGAAGCUUUUCGGAGGCGAAGUCGACAAGGGACCCACGUUGGCGGACUUGAUGAACUUUGCUGGCGCACCCGGUGAACUUCGUUGGUCACAGUGCGGUUGGCGGAGUCGAAGGAGACAUAGCAGCGGCCCGAAAGACAAUAAGGCUCACCGACGAGGCUUGAAGAUGGUGCUGGAAACUUGGGUCAGCGUAAGCGUGCUGGGGCUUGGGUUGGCUUACGCGUUCUGGAGCGACUCAGUCAGCUUCCGCGUCGACUGCAGACAACGAUCCGCUUCUCAACACAUACGUUCAUCCUCAACCCGAUGCUCGCCCCCUCCAACAUCGCCGUUCGCCUCCUCCCACAUCGCCGUGCUGCUCGCCCUCCUCAACAUCAUCGCCGCAUCCCUCGACAUGUCCAACCCGACGCUCUUCCCCGCGCAAGAAGACCGCGGACCCUCUGCUGAACGAGAACCUACCUCAUUCCCCUCCUCACGAGCUCCUGCCUCCCUCCUCACGAGCUCGCAACGCGCAGGCUUCACGGCCAAGACCACCGCCCCUGCCCUCGUUCUGGAGCACGGUCGCGGCCCGCGCGUCUCCCUCGUUGAUCGGCGACGCCGGGAGAGCGCCACCAGCAAGCUUGGUGACGCGACCAGCAGCGCCAUGGAAUACGACCAGCUCCUCCUGGGAACGCUACAGACGAAUAUCUGGAUGCGAUGCGAAGGGUCCAGCGACCAGCGACGCGCGAGGAUGCGACUAGCGAUGUCGGAUGCGCGAGCGGCACUGUCGAGGAGCCACAUCCAGCCACGCCAAAUGGUCGCCUUCGUCGACAGCAGUGGACGUGGCCGGCCAUAUCCAGCUCGGGUGCAGCAAGCUCAUCACCAUCCCAUCCACCGUGGUGCUCGACUCUCGGCCCUCGCUCCCAAAUCCGGACUCGCUGCUCGCGCUUGGGCAUGGCCGUUGCUCACACCGCGAGCUCGGCGCGGGCAGGCCUCACAAGCACGGCUCGACUGGACCCUCGCCUGCGAGCAAGAAGGCCCUCCUCUCGUCGUGUCCCACAAACGCGGCGUGGACAAGCUCUAUAUGUACGCAGCGCGGACUGGCUUUGCGCCCCUCACGCGGGUGGGCUUCGCGAGCUGGGCAGGGCGUGGCAUCCUCGCAAGGGGUUGCGCGUUCGUUGAGGCUCCGGGAGACGCUCGCUUGUCGAGGCUUCGUGAGACGCGGUGCGCUGCCAGCGAUGCCCAGCGCGACCAGCCCCUCGCACGCGCGCGAUAUUGCCCCCCCCCCCCCCUCGAGAACACGACGUGCCCCAUCGGAGACGCUGUCCGUGACCCCAGGGAGGCGCUGCUGGCGGCGCCAGAGAAGGAGCUAGGCGUCAUCAACGACUCGGGGGCGCGCGCCUGGCAGUGGCGGAGGGCAUUACCUGCGACUCCGAAGGACGCCCUAGCGAAGCUGAGGACGCGAUCUGCGAUGUCGAAGGAUGGGACCUGCGACGUUCUCAACGGACCUAUGGAGCUGGACAGGCCAAUCCGUGAGUCUGUCUCUGUCCGAGGACUGACAUCCAGGCAUCUAUUGGCACAUCGUAUGGACGCGAUGGCUAGCAGGCGAGGAGGAUGCUGCGGGAGGCCGAGCGAGCAUGGAUGUAGUCCUCUGGAUCCGGCUGACGGACGAGGUGGCGGUCCGGCUAAGAACGAUGCGAGCUUCUUUUUGCAUCAUGUCUCAGGUAUCUUCGUCUCGGUGUAUUUGGGACGGGAGGAUCCUCGGGCUGUGAAUCUGGUCAGCCUCGAUGUCGAGCGUCUUAUGAGCACCUUGGAUCCAAGCCGAACUCUGGCUACCCGACGUUGGCAGAAUGUGAGUAGGAGUGCGGGUGAAGUUCGGGUUGUUCAUCUCGAGGUAGGGGUUGGAAGAGGUGAAGCCACUAUGUUGAUAUGGUGCACCUACGACCGUGCAGGCGUCUGGAGAACCUUACGUCACGUUCCCAAUAGCAUCAGCCUGGAUAGGGACGACGAUCUAGGGCUUUCUGCAGAUUUUCAGAGCACUUUCCAUCCUUGCGAAAACGUGUAUUCUCGUACGCCAGACUGUCCAUUUGGCGCCCUUGUAGUCUUUGCGGCCCCGCGUCAAGAAGCUCUGACCUGGUACGGUGAAGCUGCGGGCGUGCGUUCGGUUGCGUGGACCACCAAUUGGCGAGGGCAGAGCCGGUUGGCCUCAUCUGGCUCAUGGCGGGCCGGUCGCUCAGCAAUCGGUCGCGACGGUGCUAGGACGAGUUCGAUCUUGCAAUUGGCAUUCCUUAGGUAUCCGUGA